AUGGGAAGUCGUCCGCAGUCUCCGACAGACACAGGUCCUGCUGGCCUCUCAAUGCCUCGUUCAGGACUGCGGCGCGAUUCCUUGAGGAGCAGCUUGAGUGUCGUGUCGGAUGUGGAGAUGGCACGGGAUGAGGUCUUUGACGGCCCCAUUUCCGAGAGCAUUCCUUCGAGUGUUGUGUCAUUUUCGCAUCGCAACCGAGCCGGUUCGACCGUCAGUUUUACAUACUUCCAGGAUGAGGAAGACUUUGCAGACUGGUCCAAUGAAGAUGCAGUGGACGUGACUAGCGAGAUCGGGGACCAAUCUAUAGAUGGGCUAGGCGAGGCAGACCUCGAGUCUGCGAGAGGCUCGUUCGCGUCCAAGAGGCUCUCGCAUUCCCAGGAUUCUGUCGAGCAUCCACUUCUCUCUCGCUAUCUCUCUGCUAGCUCAUAUGGUCGAGAUCGACGCCCCGGCAACAGACUCAACCAAAAGGUGUAUAUUGCGUCAGAAGAUUUUACCGCAGUAUUUGCCGGGUUUUCGACUAGUGUUGGCGGCUUCGCACUCUAUGUUGCCCUUUGUAUUAUGACUUGCGGGCUCGCCUAUCUUAUUUUUCGAUGGCUGCCACGAUGGCGGAUCAAAUUGAUUGGCAAGGCAACGCCCUUGGGGAAAUGCCAAUGGAUUGCUAUUGAGGACCAAUGGAAUCAGUUCACCAUCCAUGAAGUAGGCCACCAGGCGUACGGGUGUCCACUGUCGACGGUCUUUGUGGACUCCCUCAGUCACGCCUACGAUGAGGACAGUGACCCAACUCUUGCAAUUCUCCGCUUUCUCGAUUUCCGGUAUCUUCGGUUCUUCUACCACCCGAUUGAGGAUAAGUUCUCCUUAGUCAAUGGCUGGAAAGACCCCUCGUGGAAAAAUGCAAAGGUCAUGCGAACAGGAUUGGAUGCCGACGAGCGUGACAGCAGAGGUCGGAUUUUUGGACAGAACAUCAUCGAUAUCCAACAAAAGAAUUUGUCCCAGCUUCUCGUUGACGAGGCCUUUCAUCCUUUCUAUAUCUUCCAAGUCGCGAGCUUGAUCCUCUGGUCCAUGGAUCAGUACUAUUACUACGCAGUUUGCAUCUUUCUCAUUUCUGUAUUCAGCAUCGGAACGACGGUGCUGGAAACCAGAUCGACAAUGCGUCGGCUCCGAGAGAUAUCCCUCUUCGAAUGUGAUGUUCGCGUUCUCCGAAAUGGAUUUUGGCGAUCUGUUUCUUCCGAGGAGCUGGUACCGGGAGAUGUUUUCGAGUUCUCCGAUCCGUCCUUGAACUUGGUCCCGUGUGACUCUAUACUUCUAUCUGGGGACUGUAUCGUCAAUGAGAGCAUGCUCACUGGUGAAUCUGUUCCUGUCUCCAAGGCCCCGCUUACCGAUGAUGCUUUGAAGUAUCUUGAUCUCAGCGCCCCAUCGGUGCAUCCAAACGUUGCAAAGCAUUUUCUGUUCAGUGGGACCAAGGUCAUUCGGGCUAGACGCCCUCAACACGUCGAUGACGACGAGGCUGUUGCGUUGGCAGUAGUCGUCCGAACAGGCUUUUUGACUACCAAGGGAGCCUUGGUCCGUUCGAUGCUCUUUCCAAAGCCUUCUGGUUUCAAGUUUUAUCGGGACUCUUUUCGCUACAUAGCGGUCAUGGCAGUGGUCGCCCUGCUUGGUUUCAUUGCCUCAUUCGUCAAUUUUGUUCGGUUGGGACUCGCUUGGCACCUGAUCGUUGUACGAGCCCUCGAUCUGAUCACUAUUGUUGUGCCGCCAGCCCUCCCGGCGACUCUCACAAUCGGCACCAAUUUUGCACUGUCACGUCUGAAGAAACAAGAUAUAUUCUGUAUUAGUCCCCAGAAGGUCAACGUCGGCGGAAAGCUUGAUGUCGUGUGUUUCGAUAAGACCGGGACUCUCACCGAAGACGGGCUGGAUGUGCUCGGCACCCGCACUGUUAACCAUGAACAGAGGUUCUCCGAGUUAGUAUCUGAAACAUCCGCCGGUUUUCUUCUCGCUCCUCCGACCGCGGGUCAUGUAUCUGAGCUUGAAAGACAGAGGAAAAUCAUCUACACCAUGGCCACGUGUCACUCCCUCCGGGUCGUGGAUGGGGAGUUGCUAGGGGAUCCUCUUGAUGUCAAGAUGUUCCAAUUCACAGGCUGGUCCUACGAGGAGGGAGGCAGCCAUGUCUCGGAGCAGACGAGUCCCAGAUACGAUACCAUCGCACCGUCCGUUGCAAAGCCCCCGGCUGCUGCACAGGCCAGUGACCGCCUACGGAAUGACUCAGAUACUCCCCUCGAGCUUGGGGUUCUUCGAAACUUUGAGUUUGUCUCCCAGCUCCGCCGUGCAAGUGUGGUGGUCAGGCAGUUCGGGAACAACGGAGCAAGCUUCUAUGUCAAGGGUGCUCCCGAGAGUGUCAGGGAUAUAUGUGUUCCUGAAAGCCUCCCAUUCGAUUACGAUGAACUUUUGAAUCAUUACACCCACAAGGGAUACCGUGUGAUUGCUUGUGCCGCCAAAUACGAACGAAAGUUGAGCUGGAUGAAAGUUCAGAAAAUGACUCGGGCCGAAGCAGAAUGCGACCUAGAAUUUGUGGGCUUUAUAAUAUUCGAGAACAAACUGAAGCCCAGUACCUCACAAGUGAUUUCCGAGCUAAACCAUGCGGGUAUACGCAACAUCAUGUGCACGGGUGAUAACAUCUUGACCGCGAUCAGCGUUGCUCGCGAGUGCCAGAUGAUUGGCCCCGAUGAACAAUGUUUUAUCCCUCAUUUUGCCGAAGAUCCUGGUCUUGUCUCGAAAACAUCGCUUUACUGGGAGAGUGUGGACGAUCCCGAACUCAGAUUGGACCCAAGAACACUUUUGCCCGUGGAAGCCACAGCCGGCGUCGAUCUAUCCAUACCGGACUAUGCUCUGAACGAGCGCAGGUACUCUGUAGCUGUUACGGGUGAUGUGUUUAGGUGGAUGGUUGAUUUUGGGAACGAGGAUGUCCUCAACAGGAUACUUGUGUGCGGUAAAGUCUUUGCCAGGAUGUCGCCGGAUGAAAAACACGAGCUGGUGGAAAAGCUCCAAUCAAUUGAUUACUGCUGUGGCUUUUGCGGAGAUGGUGCCAAUGACUGCGGCGCAUUAAAAGCCGCAGAUGUGGGUAUCUCCUUGUCCGAUGCCGAGGCGUCUGUUGCCGCACCCUUUACCAGCCGUCUCUUCGAAAUAUCCUGCGUUCCAACCCUGAUCAGAGAGGGCCGAGCUGCUUUGGUAACAAGCUUCUGCUGCUUUAAAUUCAUGAGCUUGUAUUCGGCCAUCCAGUUCUCCGCCGUCAGUUUUCUCUAUACUUCCGGAUCAAAUCUGGGUAAUUUCCAAUUUCUUUUCAUCGAUCUCACACUCAUUAUGCCAAUUGCUGUCUUCAUGGGCUGGUCCGGUCCCUAUUCCACGCUCUCUCGCAAACGGCCGACGGCGGAUCUUGUCUCGCGGAAAGUGUUGACACCGUUGCUUGGACAGAUUACGAUUCUUGUUCUGUCCCAGUUGGUGAUCUUCAAAAAUGUUCAAUAUCAGCCCUGGUUUCUGCCUCCCCAGCUCGACCGAGAGAAGAGCAAUAUAGUCAACUCGGAAAACACGGCUCUAUUUCUGUUCUCUUGUUUCCAGUACAUCCUGACCAGCGUCGUCCUUAGUGUUGGACCGCCCUUCCGAAAACCAAUAACCAAGAAUGUACCAUUUUUGUGCACCAUUCUUAUCGACCUUUUGGUUGCGGGAUAUAUGGUCUUUCGACCAUCAGAGUGGGUCUUGGACGUGAUGCAACUGACAUGGAUGUCAAGCGGCUUCAAAACUUGGUUGGUGGCACUUGCCUUUGGGACUUUCACCGUCUCCUGGAUGGCCGAGCAAAAAUUACUCCCUCAUCUAGCACGGAUCCUUGGUCAUAUUCGUGCGCGCGUGCAACCCAACUACCGCAAAAAACGGCGUCAGUACAAGGUUCUUCUGGACGGAAUGCGCCGAUAA